AUGUCACUAUUUAACCUGUCAUCAAUACUGUCAUUUAUAUCAUUGCCAUCCCUACGAAGUGAUACAGCUUCAUUAUCACGUAGUAAAUCAUCACCUGUACUUUGUUCAUCGCUCCCAGCACCGUCAUUACCAUCAUCGGUAGCACUAGCACCAGCAACAGUAUCCAAAUUUCCAUCACCUUCAUCCUCAGCAUUAUCUCUAUCAUCAUUACCUGGUUCAUCAAUGUCUCAAUCGCGCUAUUAUUCAUUCUCGUCUUUGUCAUCAUCAUCGUCUUCUUCGUCUGUCUCCUCACGCUCCUCCCCCUCCUCCUCCUCCCCAUCAUCAUCAUCAUCAUCAUCAUCAUCAUCAUCAUCAUCAUCAUCAUCAUCAUCAUCAUCAUCAUCAUCAUCAUCAUCAUCAUCAUCAUCAUCAUCAUCAUCAUCAUCAUCAUCAUCAUCAUCAUCAUCAUCAUCAUCAUCAUCAUCAUCAUCAUCAUCAUCAUCAUCAUCAUCAUCAUCAGCAGCAGCAGCAGCGGCAGUUGCGAAAAAAUCCUCAUCUUCAACAUCCAAGUCUCCAUCAUCAUUACCAUUAUCACUAUUAUUGGCUGAUUUAUCGACAUCCUCGUACGAUUCACUUGCUGCGGUUUCAUCCACAUCCACAUCCCCAACAUCAUCAUCACAAUCAUCAUCAUCAUCGAUUCAGUCGUCACUGAAUACACCGAUAUCAUUAGCCAAACUUAUCAAUGUCGUUAAAUUACUUCACUCUCCUUCACUAUUGUAA